AUGCGCGACAAGGAAGAGAUGGCAAAGAGUGGGGGGUCUUCCUUUACAAAACGGGCAAACUGGAGCCGAAUCAAUUUUACCUUCCUAGUAUUUGUACUGGGAAUCAAAACGGUGUUUUGCAUUUUACUCUUCAUAUACCAACAUGUGUUGCUGUUUUUUAUAUUCUUUAUGUUAACCGUCAUUUCGCUGUAUUCCCUAGUUGUAAACACCUUCAAGGCAUUAACCCUGUACAUAAUUAUUUUAACGUCCAUCCUGACGUCGAUCUUUUUGUCCCUAUUUAAUGUCAUACACGUAGAGUAUAUAUCUAAAGUUUUUAAAGACGUCUUCCUAUCGACCGUGUCAUUUUCAGUGUUACCCUUGUUCACAUUAGAAUUUUUUGUAGCGAUUAUUUACAUAUGCUUGAAGAGGAAAAAAAGAGGAUACAUCGAAAGAAGUUUAAAGGAAUUAAAAAUAAUCAUCGAUGGGAAGAGAAACAAAGAGAAAGAAGAAAAACUCCUGUCGCUGCAAAUCGAUUUGGAGAAAAAUGAACUAAACACAUAUGACAAGACGUAUAAGUACUACUUGACUAAUUACAAAAACAAGAAAUACAUCUGCAUUGAGAAGAAGACGGAUUAUUCCAGUGACGAGGACGAUAGAAGUGUUCGUCACAUCGGAGACGACUACGUCGAUUAUAAUGCCAUUUCGUCUAAGGGGUCAACUUUGAAGAAGCAGCAAAGUAGCAGUGGUAAAAAAAUCCACCAAGGGGAGAAGAAGGCAAAUAAGGGAACCCCCAAAAGUGACUCCCUCUCCUACUACCACGUCAGCGAGGAUUUAAGUUUUAUCCAUUCGGGAAUUAAAAAAUAUGCUAAAAAGAACGAAAAAAGUAAUGCGAAAAAGAAAAAAUCCGGAGGAAGGGGAAAAGCGGAAAAGGAUACCCACACUGCUGGUAUUUCUGGUGAUGGUUACGAUAGCCACAUGCACAGUGCGAGCCCUAGCACGAAGGGUAGGAAGCGCCAAUGGAGCAAUGACAAGCAUAGCAUUACUGAUAAGGGAUCCACCAACUUGGUGAAUAAUGAGAGAGCAGAUGACGCAGAAAUCACAUCCAAUAUUUCGCAAGAGUCCCCGUCUCAAACGCAGUUCCUAACGCAGCAGAUUGAACCAUGUAAUAACGAAACCAUGUCUAACAGCUUGACGGAGACUCUACCAAAUCACACACCAGAUGAGAAAGAAAAUUCCAAAAAGGGUUCCGCAGAAUAUAUAAAAAAUUCAUUUUCAUUGGACAAUUACGAAGAGGUAAAUCAUAUAAUAGAAAAAUUUAUCGAAAAGAACAAAAAGGAAGGCACUCCAGGGGAAGAUCUCAUGUUUGACUGCACCAAACAGACUGAAGAACAAAAUGGCGCAGAGGAUACUGCACAGAAGAUGGACGAAUUAGACAUGGAAAGUAAAAACAGGCAGAUGAAUGACGGUCUCGCACAGAAAGAGGGACCACAGGAUGAAAUCCCACUGGGUGAAUUGGACCUUACCCCGUUACCAAAUGUACAAAAUGAUGAAGAAAAAUGGGACCAUCUAUUGAGCCGCAUGACCCCCCAGGUAGAGGAAGAACUGAUCAAAAUUAUAACAACCCAGGGCGGUGAUCAGAAAGAGGGAAUUUACGCAGAAUGCACAGCUGAGCAAGAAAAUUCCGGUCAAUUUGUGGACGUAGAAGAUCAUCAUGACGACAUCGUCACAAAGUUCGAAGCACAGCAAAGUAACCAGGGGGACGAGCUUCAUUCAACUGUGAGUGAGACGGAGGCCAAACAAAAAAAACAAUCGGAUGUUAAAGAAGUCAACCCAAAUGACAUACCUAACAAGACAGAUAAUCUGCUAUCUUGUAGCGCCGCCAACAUGGAGGAGAAAACAAAACAAGUGGAUAAAACAAAUGUUCAGGAAGUGCUGAUCAGCGAACAGUAUGACAAUUUAAAAAAUGCAGAAAUGGGUGCACAGGGAAAUUCCCAAAGUAAGGUAACACCCGUAAUUAGCCCCACAAAUCAAGCGGGUGAACACACGGGAAAAGUAACGGCUACGCAUGGUGCACAGUCCUACCUGGAAGUACAGCUCCAAAUAGAGGAAGAAAUUAAAGAACAAGGGGUGGAGCAGUCGCAGGAGCAACCGUCCGAAUUGCCAUCCGGGGAACCAUCCCAGUUACACAUAGAACAAAUCAACGGCAAAGAAGAAAAGGACGAUGGGGAUGAACACCAGGGGGACACCCAGGGUGACAACACCUCGGAGUUGAAGGAAACACAUGAAGGUGAAAAGCAGGUGAGACAUUUCCUCUGCACCAAUUUAGAUCAUACCAACCUGCUAAGUAGUGCAAAUUACGCGGUAGAUACAAAGGAAUGGAUAAAGCUAGAAAAAGAAGACAUAGAAAUGUUGAAGCGAUCUGUGAACAUCGACAACAUUGAGCACAUACCAAUUGAUGAUUUUUACACAAAAAAUAUAAAAGAACGUGGUGCUAAUCUGUUUUCCUACUCCAUUCAUUCGAGUAACAUGUCUGAAUUUCUUAAAAUCGGGGUGGACCAAAAGGCAUGUACUAGCUGGGAUGCUCAACAGGAGGAGAGCCUAACCAGCAGUGAUGAUAUAUACAAAAAAAUAAAUUUCACAAAUUUGGAAAAUAAGAAAAAUAGUUAUCUCACCCUUUUUGAUGAUGGAGUUAUCCCCCCAGGGGGCCUUAACGGAAAGGUUACCGAAUGGAUGAACCUCCAACAGAUUGGAACCUCCCAUUUGGAUUGCAGCAAAAUGGGUUCAGUGCACGAAUCUUCUCACGUGGAAGGAGCUAACCAAACGGGUGAAAAGCACCCAUCGAAUGACUUCCAACCGGGUGAGGAUGCCCACCAGAAGUGGAGUGAAAAGGAGGAACUCAAUCAUGGAAAAGACCAAUAUCCAUUCGCACAAAUGCACAACAGCAAUAACGCCUUCAGUUCCAACUUGUACACAACGGAACACGGGGAGUAUAGCAAUUACGAGGAGGUCAUGAAGGACAACUCGAACAUUGCAGAGGCCUUUCUCAAUAGUGGUAUGUAUGGGCAGAAGAGCGAAUUGGGCAGAAGUAACAUGAGUGGUGAACUUCCCCCAAGUAGCUUCGACAACCCGAACGACAAUAACAUCCUUAAUUACAGCAGUUGUAAUGAUGACAUGCAAAGUGUUCCAAAUAGCUCCCUCAUUCUCGUCAAAGGGGAACAUUGCACGAAAGAAUCAGAGAACUCGACAAGCAUCUUCAAUCAGGGGAGCGACCCGAACAGCGGAAACAUCAAUCAACCUGCUAAAUUCAUGGACGAUAAAGAUACGAAUAAAAAACAGAUCGACACAAAGAACAUUAGCAGUAAUGACAUGUGCGAAACGACUUCCAUAUUUAAACAACGGAAAACCUUCUUCGAGAAUUUAAUAAAAGACAAGCCGUUAAGCAGCCACCCUGCAAAAAUGCUGCUCAGCAAUGAAAGGAACGUCCUCAGAAAGGUCAGCGGAAAAAGUGAGGGAGAAAUCCUCAAUUCCAACUCGUCCAUAAAUGAAAACAAAAAAGGGAACAUCCCAGUAGAAGAAUCAAAUGUGAACAGUUCCACCCUAGACGGGGAUAAUAACCAGGCGAACACAGAUCCCCAUUUGGAAAAAUUUGCAAAGUUAAAGAAAGCAAUCAAUAUAAGUGACAAUUUUUACAUCAUAAAUGACAAGCUGAUGAGCAGCGGAAAGGAAAAAAAGGACACGUCUGUUAUGGGCAUAUCGCCAAGUGAGCAGAUAACACCGUCAAAUGAUCUGGCAGGUAGUACACCGGAUCUACCCAACAAGGUUAACGAAAACGAAAUAGAAAAAAUAAAAUACAUCGACGGAAUGGCCAACAGUGAGGGUAAGCAAAAAAUCACGCAACAUUUUGUCAUUUACGAUCAAAGCGAUUUGGCAACACCCAGUACAAAACUAGAUGAAGGAACACCAACCAUGGGGGAACUCCACAACUUGGAAAAAAAAAAAAAAAUCGAAGGAAUCGCACCCAACACAGUAAUAACCGUGAACAACUGCACUAUUAAUUCGAGUGCGGGUAUACAUAUAAAAGACGGAGAAAAAAAUAUGUUCAGUUCGGCUACACAACUGAGUAAUGAUAUUUUCAUAAAUUUAGAAAAAGCAGAAAAAAUUAUUAACGAUGUAAAAAGUGAAGGCAAUUAUCACGAGGUAUCCCUUCUUAGCCAAGUUAAGGAGGUUCCCACGUUUGGCAGCAGUGAAGAAUCCAGCUUCCAACAUAAGAAAAAAAAAUUCACAGAAUUAAAAAAGAAGACCACUCCUAUGAACAGCAAUCCUCUGAAUGAAAACCCCCCAGAGGAAGUUACAAAUUCGAAGCUGAGUGCAUUCGCCGACAGGAACUCAGACGAUACGAAGGAAGUCUUGCCAAGUGAACACAUGCAAAGCGAACACAUGUCCAGCGAGGUGAUGAACUCGGAAACGUGCCCCUACUCCGGCGGUUUGUUGCCUCCUGCUUAUAAAUCACUUGCCACGGGCUCUACACAAAUGGACAAAUUUGAGGACGAUUUUUUGAAUAUGAAUUCCUGCGACAGUAGCGUCAUGUAUAAAGACUUCAUGGACGUAAUGAAUUCGGAGGGGCGACCGGAGGUGGAACAGGUAGAAGAGGUAGAAGUGGAAGAGGCAGAAGUGGAUGAAGUUCCCGAACUAGUAGAAGUUAUUUCCGAACAGAUGGAACCCACUUCCAUGUCGGUGGAGGCGCCCCCCGAACAAGCAGGUAAUAACCUCCCACAUGGAGCAUUACACUCUGCAGAGGAAGAGGCAGAUGCACAACCAGAGGAAGGGCCUAAAUCAAGCGACCUAAACGACGCAGCUCUGGAGAGCGAAAAUGUCCACGUGUUGAACGAACUGUUCACACAAAAGGCACAUCCAGAAAUGGAAAAAACAAACGUUAUGGGGAAUGCGAACUCUGCCUGUGAUGUAUCAUCCGAUGUGCAAACAGAUAAGCAUGAGGAGGGAGAGGCAAAGGCGGCAAUUGAUCAUUUGAAAGGGGAACAAUCACUCGACACUGCAACGGACGUGAAGGAAAAUUACACAAAUGUAAUGUGCACAAAUAAUGGGGCAGAUGAGCAACCCCUUAGUGAUGAUAAGGCGAAGGGAGAAGAGAAACCGACCGAGGAGUUAACUACCAAGCCAACAUUGCAAGAGGAACUCACAACAAAGGACAACUUCGAAGGCGACAAAGCAGAGCUAAGUUACCCACACGAAGAGGACAUUCCCCUGGGUGACGCACCUAUACAUGGAAGUAACGAAAUACCCCCCGUAGAAGAGAAAAAGGAAGACAUCACUUCAUCGCCCACAGAACAAGCGCUAGACAAUUUAGAGAAUUUAAUCGACGACCCCCCCAUGGUAGAAGCAAGCACCGGGGGUGGCGAACCAAAGGAGGAAGUGCCCCCAGAUGAAGAAAACAGUGGCGACGAAAUUAUUGACCCCAAUAACCAUGUGGAUGCCUCUGAGAAGGCAAAAGCGGGGCUGAGCGAAAGUCAAACUUCAUCCAAACUUAACCAGGAAAAGGCUAAGAAUUAUAGAAAUAGAAAAAAUAAUAAACGGAGGAAUAAAAGAAGAUGA